AUGACUGGAAAGUACCAUUUUAGCCUGGUUAGGUAACAUUUUCCAAGUUCCCUGUUGCCUAAUGAUAAGUUAGCAAAGAUUAGAUAACGUUGUCAUUUAGCACUAAAACAGCCAGCGACACAGACUAGGAAGGACAGAGAGUCUGAAGUUAGUGACCGGUACAUGCAUAUAAAUUCAGGAGGGUAGAACAUAACAGACAUGGCAGCAUCAAAAGUUGUGGUUGUUGGAUCAUGUAUGACUGACCUUGUUAGCUACACCUGUAGGCUACCUAAACCAGGAGAAACAAUUCAUGGACAUAAAUUUAGUAUUGGGUUUGGUGGCAAAGGGGCUAACCAGUGUAUUGCAGCAACAAGACUCGGAGCAACUACAAGUAUGGUGGCUAUGGUCGGAGAAGAUUCAUUUGGACAUAACUAUCUUGAAAACUUCAAAGCAAAUCAUGUAGACACGAAGUAUAUUGGAGUAACUAAAGAGGCAGCCACUGGUGUUGCACCCAUUGCUGUAGAUGAUUCAGGAGAGAACUGUAUCAUCAUAGUAGCUGGUGCAAAUUUAAAAAUGACUCCAGCAGAUGUGCUCAAAGCUGAAGAUAUCAUAAAGGAUGCUUGUGUCAUGGUUUGUCAAGGAGAGAUUACAAUGGAAGCUACACUAACUGCUUUAACUCUUGCAAGGAAAUUCAAAGUGAAGACUGUUAUGAAUGCAGCACCGGCAAAUGCUGAUCUGGAUCCUGAAAUCAUAAAAAAUUCUGAUAUUUUUUGUGUAAAUGAAAGUGAGGGUGCAGGUGAUGCUUUUGUUGGAGCUCUAGCAUAUUAUCUUGCAUAUCAUCCUAGUCUUACUAUGACAGAAAUGAUACAGAGAUCUUGUAAGAUUGCAACAGUGUCUGUUCAGGCUCCUGGAACUCAGAGUAGUUAUCCAAAGAAGGAUGAUUUGCCUGUGAAUUAUUCUUAUAAGUAGUACUUAAGUAUUUGAUAUUGAAUUGCUUAUCAAUAAGUUCAGAGAGGAGUCAACACUGUUUCCUUCCUAAUACAUUGUUGAUUAUAGUAUAUGAAAUGUUGAAAUUGUUAAGAAAACUUGUGUAGAUUUUAUUAAUAUGAUUUCUCAUCUCAGGGUACCAAGGAUUUGGGUUCUUAGUUAACAAUUGCAUGAUAUACACGAGACAUUUGGAUAUUUUCAUAUUUCUCUUUUAUACAUUUAGAAUCUUGAAGUAUGCUCAGUUGUUUCACUUUUAAUAAUCAGUGUGAUUGUGCUAUAAGUUUAUUUUCCCAUUAUUAUUUAAUUUUUUGGUUGUCAGAUGAGGAUUUCAGAGCUAUACUCAUCUUUACUUAUUUUUAGGGGUGUUUAACUGCCAUUUGGCCAGGUGAUCUGUGCCAGUUUGGCUGUUGUAAGUCCUAUUCACAUAAGAGUAAAGUAAUUUUGACCUUCCAAGGCAUGUGUUUUUGUGAACUUUGAAUAAUAAAAUAGAAAGUUUUACUGGGGCUAAGAGCCUUUUGAAAAAGGUCAUGUCUUUUUUGCAGUUUAAUAGUUAACUUAAAUCCACGUAAUUAGUAAAAACUUAGAGGAAUUGUAAGUUAGAUAUAUAGUCAGUAGUGAGAGGUGGCCAGCUGGUAACAGGUAAAAGUAUUUUUAUCCUAGGAAUGCACUAUGUAGGGGUAUUAAGGUUAACUGGUAUUAGAUGGAUGAGUUUGGUGAACCUUCUUCUCACUGUCAUCAAGUACUUCUGUCACAGUUGGGUUAAGACACCUUGCUGCACUUUGACUUACCUUCAUUUCAAAAAAAAGUGAACAAGAGGUGAAAUUAAUUAAUUUUCUAUAUUAUAGUGUGCAUUUGACUGUUAAUAUAGAGUAUGCCAUGAUUCUCCAAAUGUUUUUGCAUAAUGCAUAUAACAAAUAAAUGUAUAAGUUUUGCAGUACACCUUUAGAAGAUAAGAUAAAGAAGGAGAGAAGUAGAGGUUCAUAGAAAGUUGCAAUAAGGAACACGACAAGUAAAUUAAAGAACUCAAGACUAGGCUUAAUAUGUUGGAUCUGAAGGUGAACCUCAAGGAAAAAUACAAGGGUGAUGUAUGGGAUCUUUGCAGAACCAAAGACGACAACACUGGACAUUCACUCUUCUAAAAGGAAUAAAAGAAAUUAAAAAUGAGAA